UCGUAUCGUAAUUCGCCGAUGCGUAUAGGCGAUAAGUACUGGUUUCGGACGAUACUAAAACAUGCCGUAAGCUAGUGCGGGGGUCUUAUAAAGGAGUUCAUCCCCUUCUUUCUCUGCUGUUUACGCAUUUGAUAUCGAUAGAUACAGUCCAGAACUACAGCGGGAGUGAAUCUUCGCCAUUCCAGACAGGAAAAAAAAAAGGAAGCUGUAGAAUACAAGAAUUCGAUCCGAUGGACGGAGGCUCAAUUGCAUCGGCGGAAUCAACCUUGUCUUGUGCUCGUUGUGGCAAGCCUGCUCAUCUUCAUUGUCCCAAAUGUGUAGAGUUGAGGCUGCCUCGAGAAAGUGCCGUAUUCUGCUCCCAGGAUUGCUUCAAGGCGUCAUGGAGCUCACACAAGACGGUGCACUUGAAGUCAAAGUUGUCCAGACUUACAGCAAGUACUCCAGAUGAACAAAUUUCGGCAGCGCUUAACGAGGGCUGGCUCUAUUGUUUAAAAAAAGGCCAGGCUCGAACAUCCAAACUUCCCCAUUUUUAUUGGACAGGACCUCUAAGACAAUAUCCCAUAUCAAGUCGACGUAUUGUUCCUGCAAACAUUGACAAACCCGAUUGGACCAUUGAUGGCAUCCCAAAGAUUGAGCUCAAUAGUGACCUGCAGAAUGUCGUGGAGAUCAAAACAUUGGAGCAGAUUGAGAGAAUGCGAGAAACUUGUCGAAUUGCAAGGGAGGUUCUGGAUGCAGCUGCUCGUGCAAUUCAACCUGGAGUGACAACUGAUGAAAUUGAUGAGGUGGUCCAUGAGGCAACAAUUGCUGCUGGAGCAUAUCCAUCUCCACUAAAUUAUAAAUUUUUCCCAAAGUCUUGCUGCACGUCGGUUAAUGAGGUUAUCUGCCACGGAAUCCCAGAUGCCAGGAGAUUGGAGGAUGGUGACAUUGUUAAUAUUGAUGUCACUGUCUACUAUAAAGGAGUCCAUGGUGAUCUUAAUGAAACAUAUUUUGUGGGAAAUGUUGAUGAAGCAUCUAAACAGCUGAUCCAAUGUACAUAUGAAUGCUUGGAGAAAGCUAUAUCUAUAGUUAAACCUGGAGUUCGGUUUCGUGAAGUGGGGGAGGUUAUCAAUCGACAUGCAACGAUGUCAGGGUUCUCUGUGGUCAAAUCAUACUGCGGUCAUGGUAUUGGGGAGCUGUUUCAUUGUGCUCCAAAUAUUCCCCAUUAUGCAAGAAAUAAAGCAGUUGGUGUGAUGAAAGCAGGGCAGACCUUUACAAUUGAACCCAUGAUCAGUGCAGGAGUUUGGCGUGACCGGUUAUGGCCUGAUGGAUGGACCGUUGUUACUGAAGAUGGCAAGCGUAGUGCUCAGUUCGAGCACACUCUCCUGGUCACGGAGACUGGUGUAGAGGUUCUGACGGCACGGCUGCCCUCAUCACCCAAUGUGUUCUCUUGGUUGAAACCAUGAUUGAUAUGGAAGUUAAAAACAUACGGUUUAAUAUAUUUAUUCUGUAUCAGAUUUUACCAAUGGGCGAAUAUAUUACACAAUAAUGUAUUAUGAACUGCAAUGCAGGUCCAUUUCAUA